AUGACUACGGAAGAAGGAAGUAGUGAAGUCGCAAAUGUGCCCCCUGUCGUCGAAGAGAAAGGAAGAAAGUCUAGGAAGAGGGACCAAUCGAUAGAUGCCUUGGCAAGCUUAGAGAACAAGCUUACAAGGACAGAGAUUAACGUCGGUGAGAUCCUUGAAUGGAAGGAUAUCGUCAAUCAGUUCGUUGCCGAGAUAAGUGACACGAGCGAUGGAUUGAAGGAGACCAUCGGUGUCAUCAAGGAAGAAGUCCUUGGAUGUAUUAACACCGUGCGGAAUGAGUUCCGUGAGAAGGUAGCUACUCUAGAAGCCGAAGUAAAUUUGUGCAAAGCCGAAAUUGCUGGAGGAGCAAGUACAAAGAUGACAUCACAUGCCGAUGCACCUAAACCCCUGAAGUACGGAGGUAAGCGUGACCCUAAACUUCUUGAAGAAUUUUUCUGGUCCGUAGAAUGUUAUUUCAAUGCAAUCGGGGUAAAGGACAAUAAGCCCAAAAUAGACACGGCUGUCCUAUACCUAUGUGAGAACGCCGCCCUAUGGUGGAGGCGGAAGCAUAACGAUAUAGAAAAAGGGUUGUACACCAUAGAGACCUGGGAUGAGUUCAAAAGGCAACUCAAGAAGCAGUUUUGUCCCCAUAACGCCGAAGAUAUAGCAAUGAAGAAACGUCGAGGGCUGAAACACGUUGGGUCAAUUAAAGAUUAUGUGGCAGAAUUUACUGCGUUAAUGCUGGAGUUGCCUGAAUUACAAGAAAAAGACAAGUUAUUUUAUUUCCAAGAUGGACUACAAUCUUGGGCCUAUAACGAACUCAAGCGAAGGAAUGUCCAAGAUAUUGAUGAAGCUAUUGUUGUAGCGGAAGACCUUAUGGACUUCCGAAGAGAUGCAUUGAUUAGAAGGACUAGUGGAGGAGAUAAAGCUGCACCAAGGCCGUCACCAAGGGACGAUAGACCUGCUGUCAAACCCUCAACUUUCAAAGGAAAGGCGAUCGAAGGAGGGACUCGUAAGGAGGUGAAGUGUUAUUUAUGUGACGGUCCCCAUCUAAUAAGAGAUUGUCCCAAGAAGAAAAGUUUCAACGCCAUGGUCUUUGAAGAUGAAAAUGAAGAAAGGGACAAACAACAAUUAAGCUCGAUGCGUCUACUCAACUCGGUGGCUAAGGAAGAGACAAAACCAAAGAAGGGAGGAGGUCUCAUGUUCGUGAAGACUAAAAUAAAUGGAGAGACAACUAAAUCCCUAGUCGAUACAGGUGCGUCUUAUAACUUUCUUGCCGAAAAUGAAGCCAAGAAAAGGAAUAUUCAAUACACCAAGGAGAUAGGUUGGCUGAAAGCAGUAAAUUCCCCAUCCAAACCCAUCCUUGGUGUCGCCCACAAUGUGCCCAUCGAGAUUGGAGGAUGGACAGGAACCAUAGACUUAACAGUAGUCCCUAUGGAUGAUUACUGCAUAGUGCUUGGGAUGGAAUUCCUAGACGAAGCCUGGCCUUUUUCAUUUGAAGAUCAAACCAUGCGCCUCACCAAGGGAUCCUCAAUUCACAUUGUUCCCUUAGAAAGAAGCAAGGAGAAUUCCCAUAUCAUUUCAGCCAUGCAACUUAGCAAAGGCCUUCGAAGGGGCGAGGUGACAUUCCUAGCCAUAUUAAAAGAAGAAGUCGAUUUUCCGGAAAUGGAGGUACCGAACAAAAUCAAGAAGGUACUUGAGGAAUUUAAAGAGGUAAUGCCACCGAAAUUACCCAAGAAACUACCACCACGAAGAGAGGUAGAUCAUGAGAUAGAAUUAGAACCAGGAGCAAGGCCACCAGCAUUGAGACCGGACCGAAUGGCACCACCGGAAUUAGAAGAGCUAAGAAAACAGUUGAAGGAGUUACUAGACGCUGGCUUCAUCAGACCUUCCAAAGCUCCGUUUGGCGCCCCAGUAUUGUUCCAAAGGAAACAGGAUGGUAGUCUAAGAAUGUGUAUUGACUAUCGAGCCUUGAAUAAGGUAACCGUGAAGAACAAGUACCCAAUCCCCUUAGUCUCCGAUCUCUUCGAUCGACUCACAAAUGCUCGAUGGUUCACAAAGUUAGAUCUACGAUCGGGGUAUUGGCAAGUUCGCAUAGCAGUGGGAGACGAGCCAAAGACAACAUGUGUGACCAGGUAUGGAACGUUUGAGUUUUUCAGAGCGUGA